AUGGAUACACCUCAGUCCAUUCCCGAGAAAGAUGGCACCAUGUCUCCAGAUGCCGAAUUUCCACGGCCGACUCUACCUUGGUCUACAAGGCUAGUCUCACGAUUCACGUCCGAUGUCGAUCCAAGAUGGGCAGAUAUUAUUCUUAUCGGAUGUUUCUUCGUUGCUGGGAUUGUGGACGGUGUCGCUUUCAACACAUACACGUGCUUCGUCAGCAUGCAGACAGGAAACACGAUUUUCGCUGGUCUUGGAGUCAGCGAUUUACCUUCCGACACCCCAAAGCAUACGUGGGUCAAGUCCCUGGUCGCCAUCUUGUCAUUUUGCCAGGGAGCAUUCUUCUUCUCUCGAUUCCACCGCUACCUCGGCCCUCUUAAGCGAUGGGUCAUCACGGCGUCAUUUCUCAUUCAAACGACCCUCAUGAUCAUCACUGCUUUGUUGAUUUCCACGGGCGUGGCGGCAAAGACCGAACCAGAACUUGCGAGUACGCCAGAUGGGCGCGGGACUUUCGCUUGGGUCGAACUGUGCCCUAUCGCAUUACUGGCAUUUCAGAGCGCCGGUCAGAUUGUGGCAAGUCGGGUCCUGAAAUACAACUCGAUGCCGACCGUGGUCUUGACAAGCCUAUAUUGCGACCUGAUGAGCGAUCCGAAUCUGCUCACGGCAGGGUUAUUCGAGGAUCCGGAUCGAAAUAGAAGGGCUGUCAGUGCAGUCAUCCUUUUUGUUGGUGCCACUAUAGGAGGUGCUUUGACGAAAACUUCGGUGAGCUACAGCGGAGCUUUGUGGAUUGCGACGGGAAUAAAAGGGUCAAUGGUGCUCGCCUGGACACUCUGGAGACCAAAGACCCCGCAAAGGCAAUGA